AUUUUGUACAACAUGGCCGCGCCCAUGAUAUUUUAAUUUUUAUAAUUUUGAGUAAGCAAUCAUUAAUUUUGACGAAGUUAGACUAAAAUUUGAUACUUCAAAUAAAAACCAAAAUGAAGACAGUAUUGAUGGUUGCAGAAAAGCCAUCUUUGGCUCAAUCUCUCGCCAAGAUUCUUUCCAAUGGACAAAUGGGUUCCAGAAAAGGGACAAAUGGCGCCUGUUCAAUUCAUGAAUACAAUGGGAAGUUCCAGGGAGAGUCAGUUCGCUUCAAGUUUACCUCAGUCUGUGGACAUGUCAUGUCCCUUGACUUCAUUGGAAAAUACAAUAACUGGGACAGAGUAGAUCCGGCUGAGUUGUUUUCUGCCCCUACCUUGAAGAAAGAAGCAACAGAGAAGCUACACAUGCCAAAGUUCCUGGAGAAAGAGGCAAGAGGGUCUGACUACCUUGUACUGUGGCUAGAUUGUGACAAGGAAGGGGAGAAUAUUUGCUUUGAGGUGAUGGAUGCCUGUAAGCCAGUAAUGAACCCAUCCAGGGGCAAGGAGCAAACUAUAUUCAGGGCCCACUUUAGUGCAAUCACCGAAACUGACAUAAAACGCGCAAUGAGUAACCUUGGAUCGCCAAACCAAAAUGAGGCUCUCUCUGUAGAUGCAAGACAGGAGUUAGAUCUGCGAGUUGGAUGUGCAUUCACUAGAUAUCAAACGAAGUUCUUCCAGGGGAAGUAUGGUGAUCUAGACUCUACACUGAUCUCAUAUGGGCCUUGCCAGACUCCAACCCUUGGUUUCUGUGUAGAGAGACAUGAUAAAAUACAAUCUUUCAAACCUGAGCCUUUCUGGGUGCUUCAAGCUCUGAUUACAAUAGAGGCAAACCGUAGCCUCACUCUGGACUGGGACAGAGUUCGCAUGUUCGACAAAGAUGUUGCCCAGAUGUUCCUCAACGUAGUAAAAGGCAUUGACAAGGCUGUCGUAACUUCAGUUACUAAAAAAGAGAAGGUGAAACAGCGCCCGUUGGCUUUGAACACUGUUGAGAUGCUUAAAAUGGCCAGUACUGGACUUGGUAUGAGUCCCCAGCAUACAAUGCAGAUUGCAGAAAGGUUAUACACCCAGGGUUACAUAAGUUAUCCAAGAACUGAAACUACACAUUAUCCUGAUAAAUUUGAUUUGAGGGGAACCCUUCAACAACAGUUGUCUAACACAUCUUGGGGACAAUCAGUGAAUGACCUACUAGCCCAGGGUAUCAACAGACCCCGUAAAGGCCAUGAUGCUGGGGACCAUCCUCCCAUCACUCCAAUGAGAGCAGCUUCAGAGGCAGAGCUUGGCUCUGAGAAUUGGAGGCUGUAUGAUUUCAUCACUAGGCACUUCAUUGCUACAGUGAGUUCUGACUGCAAAUACCUCCAGACUACUGCCCACUUCAAGAUUGGCCAGGAGAAGUUUUCUUGUACUGGGAAAAGUCUGAUAGACCCUGGGUACACAGGUCUUAUGACAUGGCAGGCCAUCACCCAGGACGAAAAGAUGCCUGUUUUUACAGAGGGUCAAUCUUUACCUAUAGAAGAGGCCAAAUUAGUUGAGAGACAAACAAGUCCGCCAGAUUACCUUACAGAGGCUGAGCUGAUUGGUUUAAUGGAGAAACAUGGGAUUGGUACUGAUGCUAGUAUCGCUGUACAUAUAAACAAUAUCUGUGAGAGAAACUAUGUGAAUGUUGGUGGUGGCAGAAGGCUCAGACCAACACCCUUGGGGAUUGUGCUCGUCCAUGGAUACCAAAAGAUUGACCCUGAGCUAGUGCUGCCAUCCAUGAGAUCCGCCAUAGAAACACAGCUGAACCUCAUAGCCUCGGGGAAGGCAGACUUCCAUGCGGUGACCAAUCAUGUGAAGAUGAUAUUUAGUCAAAAGUUCAAAUAUUUUGUCAGUAAUAUUGUUGGAAUGGAUGAAUUAUUCGAAGUGACGUUUUCAUCCUUAGCUUCCAGUGGAAAACCACUUUCAAGAUGUGGGAAAUGUCGCAGAUUUAUGAAGUUCAUUCAAGCAAAACCAAGCCGCCUCCACUGCCCCCAGUGUGACGAGACUUACAGCUUACCUCAGAAUGGUGCGAUCAAGCUUUACAAGGAACUUAAGUGUCCCUUGGAUGACUUUGAGCUGGUUAUCUCUAGCACAGGUUCCAAGGGAAAGAGCUACCCCUUGUGUCCAUAUUGCUACAACAACCCACCAUUCAGGGAGAUGAGAAAAGGAAUGGGCUGUAACGAAUGUACGCACCCGACGUGUGGCCAUGCUCUGCAACAGUUUGGUGUGGCUUUGUGCCCAGAGUGUGAGAAUGGGAUCCUGGUACUGGACCCAAAUUCGGCACCGAAGUGGAAAAUGGCUUGUAACAAUAGCAAAUGUAACGUAGUAGUCAACUUCUUUGAUAAUGCCCAUCGUGUUGCUGUCUCAGAAGAGAUGUGUGAGGAGUGUGGAACUGCCAUAUUGGAUGUCACCUUUAACAAGACCAAGACUCCACUGACAGAUGGCGCUACGGAACAUUCUGGCUGUCCAUUCUGUGAUGUCAUCUUAAAACCAUUAGUGGAACUAAAACAUGCGUCAUUGCGGAUGCGUGGAUUUAACCGCAACAGAGCCUCUAGGGGAAGGGGCAGAGGACGUGGGGGUAGGGGUAGGGGGAGAGGUGGAAGAGUGCCAAAGGAUAAAAUGUCGCAACUAGCUGCAUAUUUCGUGUAGCCAAGGAAACACCCUUGCAAAGAUGUUACUUUGUGUUGUUUUGUCUACCCUUUAAAAAUGUAAUAUUGUAUGGCAUAAUUGAAACGGCAGCUCUUUUGAAAUCAGAUUGCUGCAAUCAAAAUAAAUCUGUUUAGAGGGUUACAAUAUGAUUAUUGCAAUGUUAUGAAUUAAUUUUCCCAUAGGAUGUAAUUGUACAGUAAAACAUAAAGAGCGAGCUAUUAAUGAAUCAAAAUAUUUUUGUUACCAUUGGUGAUGUUUUGAUAUUAAAUCCCUAAAACAUGCAACUUCUGUUUCGAACAAUAUCUAUUUAAUAUUUGAAAAACACACAGUCAGUCAGAAUAAUUUGAGUUUUUCUAUACACUAUCCAGAAGUCUAUAUUUAUUCUAAAGUGAAUUAAGAUUAUUGUAAUUUUUAUUCUAAGUGACUUUAGAUUAUUGUAAUCUUUGCAAGGGACGGCGGGGAUUAUGUUUUUGAAUUAAUGAUUCAUUUUAGUACCUUUCCUCCAUUGAAGUAGAAUACCACAUUGUCAGAAAUUUUCUUCAAAUGAUGUAAUACAAUUAUUAAGUGCUCCAUAAUUUAUAUGUAGGGAAAAUGAAUUGUGGACUAUAGAUUUGUCUGAAAUAUUUGCACUUUAUAUAAUUAAUGUGAAAUAUGAUAUGGAAUGUCCACGACAAUUUGAGAUUUUAAUCUGAGGGUACAAACAAAAGGUUGUUGCAUCUCAUGUUUCUGAAUGCAGAAUAUGGCAUUGAAAGCUCCACAUUUUACGGAUUAAGUACUUGAGGCCCUUACAAUUGGAUUAAUUUUUGAGGAUAUAUACCUGGUUUGCUAGUUAUCUCCACAAACAUAUGAAAGAGAUAGAUUUUCCCUCAAUUUGAUAUAUUUAUCAGAAAAUUUACCAAAACAAGUAAAUGUAUAUGUAGCAUGAUUAGCAUCACCUCUCACCUGGCCAUUCCUCAAAAAAAAUAAUUUCAAAACACAAUUUUGUUGUAAGGGCUUCCCCGGAGAAUAGAAUAAUAAAAGCAUCCAUGUUGGCCUUAUUGCAACUUGUGAAAUAGAUUUGAGGUAUAAUAAAGGGACUAGGUCAAUUUAAUAAUGGAUUCCCUUCAAUACACUUCAGAUUACCUAUCAUCAAAAUAUUAUCACCACAUGGAAUUCGAUUUUUGAUUUUUAAAAUAAAGCACAUGUUCUGGUUAACUUUUCAUCGAUGGCCUUCCCUCUUAAUAAACUUAAGUUUGUUCUUCAGCAAGUGUUGACUUUCGGGCACUAUACAUUACAUGGAUAAUGAUAUGUUGACUUGUGAGUUGUUUUACUCUUCAACUGUGAAAGAGUCUGUUUAGACAAAGCUAAGAUGUACUGUACAUCAUAAGGAAAAAUGUUAAAUGGGACAAUGACUAUGGAAUACAUUGCACAAUAACAGAAGCCAUUGUAGUAAUUCUAUAGUAAUUCAUCCAUUCAGUGAAAGAGGAUGUGGAAAUUACUAGGGAAUGUCACCCUGGAGGACAUUUCUAUCACAUUUCUAGCACCAGUGAAAAUGGCUUCCUUUUGUUAAAGAAAAGAAGGACAUUUUUAUUAUUGUUGAAAUGGUUUCCUUUUCGUGAAGAAAGAACUCGGUAUAUUAACAAAGCAAAAUCCAAAUUUACUUCCUCCCUCUAAAUGUAAUUUAACUUAGUGGGCUUACAUUGAUAAUUUACAGGCCUUGUCCCUUAAUUGAUUUAACAGAAGUGCUGGGAAUAAUUCUUGAUCAUUAUAAAGUUAAUUCAAGGAGAAAGUACAGCUAAUCACAGGGUA